CAAAGUGAGCUGUGUUCCUCCUCUACUUCUGUGACUGCAGAGAGGAUGACAGAGAACAGUGGACACACAGUUGAACAUGAUGGACUAUAGGACAGGACUGCUGCUUUUAACUGUCUGCUGGGCAGGUGUUGAUGCUCAGACUCUGACACAAUCUGAACCAGUGGUGAAAAGUCCUGGACAAUCCCACACACUGACCUGUACAGCCUCUAGGUUCACAUUCAGCAGCUACCACAUGCACUGGAUCAGACAGGCUCCUGGACAAGGACUGGAGUGGAUCGCCUGGAUUGAUAGUGGUAGUGGUAGCACCAAAUACUACUCUAAUUCAGUCAGAGGCCGGUUCACCAUCUCCAGAGACAACAGCAGACAGCAGCUGUAUCUGCAGAUGAACAGUCUGAAGGCUGAAGACUCUGCUGUGUAUUACUGUGCCAGGGAACACACAGGUGACGACUACUUUGACUACUGGGGAAAAGGGACCCAAGUCACAGUGACUUCUGCCGCCUCAGUGAAACCAACUGUGUAUCCUCUGAUGCAAUGCGGCUCCGAUUCUGGAGACACCGUCACUCUUGGCUGCCUCGCCACUGGCUUCUCACCCUCUUCAGUGACCUACACAUGGGAAAAAAAUGGAUCCACCAUGACCGACUCCAUUCAGUAUCCUCCAACAAUGAAAGGCAAUGUUUACACCGGAAUCAGUCAAAUCCGAGUGAGCAAACAGGACUGGGAGGCAAGGAAUACCUUCCGAUGUGUCGCAACAAAUGCAGCAGGAACUGGACAGGGAGAAUUCAUCAUGCCACGUAAGAUUCGGAUUGUAUCUCCUGACAUCACAUUACAGCCUGUCUGGGAAGGUGAAUUGAAAACCUCAGGAGUCAGACUCAUCUGCACUCUAAGUGGCUUCUUUCCAGAUAAACUGAGUGUGAGUUGGGAAAAGGACAGCCAACCGCUGUCUAUUACACCGAUAGAAAAGAAGCUGCAGACCGUGGAGGGAGUGGACAAAACAUUUAGUCUAACCAGUGAGAUUGAGCCAAAAAGCACAGAGUGGGCCAAAGGCUCAACAUUCACAUGCAAGUCAACUCACAACAGGAUUGAGUUUACAAAGACAACAAGUGUCUGUAAGAUCUAUGGAAGCACCGCUCCUGCCAUUCAUAUACAGACCCCAGGCUUCAGAACAGUGAUGACGAACUCUGAGGUCGAGGCAAUAUGUUCAGUCUACACUGUGUUUGAUGCAGCAGUGACUUGGGAGAUGGAUGGGGAACCCCAAACAAGUAUAAAAGUCACAAAAAAAAGUCAUAUAAUAAGCACUCUGAUGGUUCAAUCACACAGAUGGCAACAGCUGAAGAAAAUAAAAUGUAAAGCUGAGCACAAGUGCUUCUCACCCAUUGAGAGGACUGUGACUGUUGCCAUGCCUUCAAUUACUGCACCAUCCAUUCAGAUCAGAAGAUCUCUCCCUGAUUUGCUGAAAGGAAACAGUGCUGUGCUGCAGUGUGAUAUCCAACAACUCUCCUCCAGUGAUGUCUAUGUCACCUUCCAGGCCAACAUGAAAGAUAUUUCUGACAAACUGUACGUUGAACUUCCGAAAACUCCAGGCCCUCAUUCCAUCAGUAAAACCUUCCCUGUGCCUGAGAGUCACUGGAACAACCAAACGAGCUUCACCUGCAAAGUCAAUCAAGGAUUCGCUCAUCACUUCCAGUCAAUCUCUACUGGCAGGAUCUUUGUGGACCCAUCAGCAGAGCUCCUUCUGGUCCCCAGUGAAGAGUCAGGCCCACAGAGACUGUUGUGCUCUGGAUGGGGCUUUGACCCUCAAAUCAAAUGGUCUCCAGACUCCCAGGACAAAGCCUCUCCAACCCUUGACACCAGCAUGGGCGCAGAUGGGCGUGUGGCAGUUACCAGUCAACUCCAUGUUUCUCAAACAGAGUGGAAAACUGGAAAGAGCUUCACUUGUGAAGUCUCUGACAAGUCUUUGAAGAAAACUGCCAGAAAGGAAAUCAGCAUCUGUUCAGUUUUUCCUCCCACCCCUCCUCCAGUUCAUCUUGAAACUCCCAGCUUUAAGACAGUCAUGAAUGCAACAUCUAAGGUGAAAGCCACAUGUUUGGUCCCAACUGUUUUCAAUGCUAAUGUGACCUGGCUGAUGAACGGGCAAACCACACACAGUGGCUCAGCGGAGAAAACUGUUAACAAAACUCAUAUAAUCAGCGUUCUGACUGUUCCAUUAACAAAAUGGGAACAACUCCAGUCUAUAACAUGUAAAGCUGAGCACAAGUGCUUCUCACCCAUUGAGAGGACUGUGACUGUUGCCAUGCCUUCAAUUACUGCACCAUCCAUUCAGAUCAGAAGAUCUCUCCCUGAUUUGCUGAAAGGAAACAGUGCUGUGCUGCAGUGUGAUAUCCAACAACUCUCCUCCAGUGAUGUCUAUGUCACCUUCCAGGCCAACAUGAAAGAUAUUUCUGACAAACUGUACGUUGAACUUCCGAAAACUCCAGGCCCUCAUUCCAUCAGUAAAACCUUCCCUGUGCCUGAGAGUCACUGGAACAACCACACGAGCUUCACCUGCAAAGUCAAUCAAGGAUUCGCUCAUCACUUCCAGUCAAUCUCUACUGGCAGGAUCUUUGUGGACCCAUCAGCAGAGCUCCUUCUGGUCCCCAGUGAAGAGUCAGGCCCACAGAGACUGUUGUGCUCUGGAUGGGGCUUUGACCCUCAAAUCAAAUGGUCUCCAGACUCCCAGGACAAAGCCUCUCCAACCCUUGGCACCAGCAUGGGCGCAGAUGGACGUGUGGCAGUUACCAGUCAACUUGAUGUUUCUCAAACAGAGUGGAAAACUGGAAAGAGCUUCACUUGUGAAGUCUCUGACAAGUCUUUGAAGAAAACUGCCAGAAGGGAAAUCAGCAUCUGUUCAGUUUUUCCUCCCACCCCUCCUCCAGUUCAUCUUGAAACUCCCAGCUUUAAGACAGUCAUGAAUGCAACAUCUAAGGUGAAAGCCACAUGUUUGGUCCCAACUGUUUACAAUGCUAAUGUGACCUGGCUGAUGAACGGGCAAACCACACACAGUGGCUCAGCAGAGAAAACUGUUAACAAAACUCAUAUAAUCAGUGUUCUGACUGUUCCAUUAACAAAAUGGGAACAACUCCAGUCUAUAACAUGUAAAGCUGAGCACAAGUGCUUCUCACCCAUUGAGAGGACUCUGACUGUUGCCAUGCCUUCAGUUACUGCACCAUCCAUUCGGAUCAGAAGAUCUCUCCCUGAUUUGCUGAAAGGAAACAGUGCUGUGCUGCAGUGUGAUAUCCAACAACUCUCCUCCAGUGAUGUCUAUGUCACCUUCCAGGCCAACAUGAAAGAUAUUUCUGACAAACUGUACGUUGAACUUCCAAAAACUCCAGGCCCUCAUUCCAUCAGUAAAACCUUCCCUGUGCCCGAGAGUCACUGGAACAACCACACGAGCUUCACCUGCAAAGUCAAUCAAGGAUUCGCUCAUCACUUCCAGUCAAUCUCUACUGGCAGGAUCUUUGUGGACCCAUCAGCAGAGCUCCUUCUGGUCCCCAGUGAAGAGUCAGGCCCACAGAGACUGUUGUGCUCUGGAUGGGGCUUUGACCCUCAAAUCAAAUGGUCUCCAGACUCCCAGGACAAAGCCUCUCCAACCCUUGACACCAGCAUGGGCGCAGAUGGGCGUGUGGCAGUUACCAGUCAACUCCAUGUUUCUCAAACAGAGUGGAAAACUGGAAAGAGCUUCACUUGUGAAGUCUCUGACAAGUCUUUGAAGAAAACUGCCAGAAAGGAAAUCAGCAUCUGUUCAGUUUUUCCUCCCACCCCUCCUCCAGUUCAUCUUGAAACUCCCACCUUUAAGACAGUCAUGAAUGCAACAUCUAAGGUGAAAGCCACAUGUUUGGUCCCAACUGUUUUCAAUGCUAAUGUGACCUGGCUGAUGAACGGGCAAACCACACACAGUGGCUCAGCGGAGAAAACUGUUAACAAAACUCAUAUAAUCAGCGUUCUGACUGUUCCAUUAACAAAAUGGGAACAACUCCAGUCUAUAACAUGUAAAGCUGAGCACAAGUGCUUCUCACCCAUUGAGAGGACUCUGACUGUUGCCAUGCCUUCAGUUACUGCACCAUCCGUUCAGAUCAGAAGAUCUCUCCCUGAUUUGCUGAAAGGAAACAGUGCUGUGCUGCAGUGUGAUAUCCAACAACUCUCCUCCAGUGAUGUCUAUGUCACCUUCCAGGCCAACAUGAAAGAUAUUUCUGACAAACUGUACGUUGAACUUCCGAAAACUCCAGGCCCUCAUUCCAUCAGUAAAACCUUCCCUGUGCCCGAGAGUCACUGGAACAACCACACGAGCUUCACCUGCAAAGUCAAUCAAGGAUUCGCUCAUCACUUCCAGUCAAUCUCUACUGGCAGGAUCUUUGUGGACCCAUCAGCAGAGCUCCUUCUGGUCCCCAGUGAAGAGUCAGGCCCACAGAGACUGUUGUGCUCUGGAUGGGGCUUUGACCCUCAAAUCAAAUGGUCUCCAGACUCCCAGGACAAAGCCUCUCCAACCCUUGACACCAGCAUGGGCGCAGAUGGACGUAUGGCAGUUACCAGUCAACUCCAUGUUUCUCAAACAGAGUGGAAAACUGGAAAGAGCUUCACUUGUGAAGUCUCUGACAAGUCUUUGAAGAAAACUGCCAGAAAGGAAAUCAGCAUCUGUUCAGUUUUUCCUCCCACCCCUCCUCCAGUUCAUCUUGAAACUCCCAGCUUUAAGACAGUCAUGAAUGCAACAUCUGAGGUGAAAGCCACAUGUUUGGUCCCAACUGUUUUCAAUGCUAAUGUGACCUGGCUGAUGAACGGGCAAAUCACACACAGUGGCUCAGCGGAGAAAACUGUUAACAAAACUCAUAUAAUCAGUGUUCUGACUGUUCCAUUAACAAAAUGGAAACAACUCCAGUCUAUAACAUGUAAAGCUGAGCACAAGUGCUUCUCACCCAUUGAGAGGACUGUGACUGUUGCCAUGCCUUCAAUUACUGCACCAUCCAUUCAGAUCAGAAGAUCUCUCCCUGAUUUGCUGAAAGGAAACAGUGCUGUGCUGCAGUGUGAUAUCCAACAACUCUCCUCCAGUGAUGUCUAUGUCACCUUCCAGGCCAACAUGAAAGAUAUUUCUGACAAACUGUACGUUGAGCUUCCUAAAACUCCAGGCCCUCAUUCCAUCAGUAAAACCUUCCCUGUGCCUGAGAGUCACUGGAACAACCACACGAGCUUCACCUGCAAAGUCAAUCAAGGAUUCGCUCAUCACUUCCAGUCAAUCUCUACUGGCAGGAUCUUUGUGGACCCAUCAGCAGAGCUCCUUCUGGUCCCCAGUGAAGAGUCAGGCCCACAGAGACUGUUGUGCUCUGGAUGGGGCUUUGACCCUCAAAUCAAAUGGUCUCCAGACUCCCAGGAUAAAGCCUCUCCAACCCUUGACACCAGCAUGGGCGCAGAUGGACGUGUGGCAGUUACCAGUCAACUUGAUGUUUCUCAAACAGAGUGGAAAACUGGAAAGAGCUUCACUUGUGAAGUCUCUGACAAGUCUUUGAAGAAAACUGCCAGAAAGGAAAUCAGCAUCUGUUCAGUUACUUCAGCAUCAGCUCAGUGGGUCAGUGUCCAGAUUCAGGCACCAUCACCCCAGGAGAUUCAGAGCAAGGAACAAGUGACUGUCACCUGUUUUUUGGUUGGCCCUCUUCUAAAAGAUUUUUUUAUCACCUGGAAAGUAAAUGGGAACAAAGAUACUCAUGUCCAUACAGAGUCACCAGUGAGUCACAUCAAUGGAACCGAGACUAUGAGGAGUUUUCUGAACGUGUCAACAGAGGACUGGCACGCUUAUUAUCGAGUGUCAUGUGAGGCAAAACACCUGUGUUCAAAGCAGAGCUACGAGGAUCAUAUAAGCAAAAGCAGAGACCUGAAUCCACCAACUGUGAAGAUUAUACAACCAAGUGCCUCUGAGGCUUCUGCAUCAGAUGUCAUCCCACUAACGUGCCUGGUGUCUGAAUUUUUCCCACCUAACAUCGAUGUGUACUGGGAAGUAAACGGCCAGAGACUCCCCUCAGCUGACUACAGAAACAGUCCUGCAUGGAAGUAUGAAGAGAGCAACACUUACUCAAUGAACAGCAGACUAAACGUAACCAAAACUGUGCGCCAGGAGUCUACAUAUUCUUGUGUUGUAAGACACGAGUCAUCUGAAAUGCCUCUUGAAAGCAAUAUAAAAAAUGUUUUGGAUGCUUUGGAGAGCUGCGAUUUCUUAGAUGACAUCAUGUAUGCUGGUUGGAACCAAGAUAAAGAUGUGGACAGCUGGUUUAUGACGUUAACAUUCCUCAUUUGUUUUCUCAUCGCCGUUGUCUACGGCGUCUUGGCAACCUUUAUUAAGCUCCUGCUUGAAAGUGAAAGUAUUCGGAAAAAACAAAACUUACAAAAAUGAUUGACUGGAACUGUAAAUAAACG